UUGGCAUUUCUACAGUUGGUCAGUCACGGCUGGCAACGCGAAGCGGAUGAGGACUCUCCGUGGUUCAAACAUUUUUCUCCAACUACAGCGCGCGGUAUAAAGUUCAGAUAGCGAAGUAGAAACUUCAAAGCGGACUCGGAGUGGCCGGCUGACUAUGCCCCGGAGCCCCACGUCAAGUGAGGAUGAGAUGGCCCAGAGCUUUUCAGACUACUCCGAGGAAUCCGACUCCGACAGCUCCAAAGAGGAGACCAUCUACGAGACCAUAAGAGCCACCGCCGCCAGGCCAACCAGCCGAAUGGAGGACAUCCACACCAACUCCCUGGUCAUCCGCGUCAUCAUCCCUGACCUGCAGCAGACCAAAUGUAUGAGGUUCAACCCUGAUGCCACUGUGUGGGUUGCCAAGCAACGGAUCCUGUGCACAUUGAGUCAGAGCCUAAAGGACAUACUGAACUAUGGCCUCUACCAGCCGGCGAGUAACGGCCGUGACGGCAAGUUCCUGGAUGAGGAACGCCUCCUCCGGGAGUAUCCCCAGCCAAUCAGCAAAGGGGUUCCAUCCCUGGAGUUCCGAUACAAGAGCAGAGUCUACAAACAACCGAAUGUGGAUGAGAAGCUGAUUGCCAAACUUCACACAAAGGCCAACUUGAGGAAGUUCAUGGACUUCAUCCAACACCAUCAGGUGGAGAAACUCUCAAAGAUGUUGGAAAGAGGCCUUGACCCCAACUACCAUGACCCCGAGACUGGGGAAACGCCCCUGACCUUCGCUGCUCACCUGGACAACAUGGUGGACAUCAUCAAAGUGCUGAGGAACGGCGGAGCUCAUCUGGACUUCCGGGCCAAAGACGGCAUGACAGCUCUUCACAAAGCUGCCCGCUCUAAGAACCAGGUCACCCUCACGACUCUGCUGGAGCUGGGCGCGUCUCCGGACUACAAGGACAGCCGCGGGCUGACGGCGCUCUACCACACGGCCAUGGUGGGGGGAGACCCCUACUGCUGCGAGCUGCUUCUUCACGAGCACGCCUCCGUCUGCUGCCAGGACGAGAAUGGCUGGCACGAAGUCCAUCAGGCUUGUCGACACGGACAUGUUCAACACCUGGAGCAUCUGUUGUUUUAUGGAGCGGACAUGAGCGCUCAGAACGCCUCAGGAAACACAGCUCUGCACAUCUGUGCUCUCUACAACCAGGACAACUGUGUGAGAGUGUUGCUUGUCCGGGGAGCCAACAAGGAGGUGAAAAACUUCAACAGCCAGACUCCUUUUCAGGUGGCCAUAAUUGCAGGGAACUUUGAGUUGGCUGAACUCAUUAAGAACCACAAAGAGACAGAUAUUGUGCCUUUUCGCGAGGCGCCUGCGUACUCCAAGCGGCGGCGGGCUCCCCAGAGCUCGUUGUCGGCCCCGCGGGUGCUGCUGCGCUCCAACAGUGACAACAACCUGAACAGCAGUGGCGUGGCCGCGGGCCCGGACGCCCAUCCGCAGCGCAGCCUCUCGCCACAGCUGCUCCAGCAGAUGCAGAGGAACCCCAAUGGCACGGUGAGGACCAUGGGCCGCGGCAGCCGCGCCGCUCCCCGCAGCCGAUCCCCCUCGCUCAGCCGGCUGGGAGAGGAGCAGCGCCGGCAGCAGCAGCGUCCCAACACCAGUGUGGAUGGUCCUGGCUCCCGACGGAAGCUGUACAGCGCAGUUCCGGGCCGCCAUUUUGUGGUGGUGCACUCGUACCAGCCACAGGCUGAAGGCGAGAUCCCUCUGUACAAGAACGACAGGGUCAAAGUUCUGAGCAUAGGGGAAGGUGGGUACUGGGAAGGCAGUGCCCGGGGCCACGUGGGCUGGUUCCCUGCGGAGUGCUUGGAGGAGAUCCCUGCCAAGCCCAAUGAGGAGAGACCACUGAGCAGAACAGACCGUAGCGACAAGAAGAAGCUCUUCAGACACUACACAGUGGGCUCCUACGACAGCUUCGACGCCUCCAGUGACUGCGUGAUCGAUGAGAAGACUGUGGUCCUCCAGAAAAAGGACAAUGAGGGCUUCGGCUUUGUGUUACGAGGAGCCAAAGCUGACACCCCUAUUGAGGAGUUCACGCCCACCCCGGCGUUCCCGGCACUGCAGUACCUGGAGUCGGUGGACGAGGGCGGAGUGGCAUGGCAGGCGGGGCUGCGCACCGGUGACUUCCUCAUCGAGGUCAACCAGGACAAUGUGGUCAAGGUGGGUCACAGACAGGUGGUCAACAUGAUUCGACAAGGAGGGAACCGGCUCAUCAUCAAAGUGGUGACAGUCAGUAGGAAUUUGACCCCAGAUGACACCAGUCGGAAAAAAGCGCCUCCACCUCCCAAGAGAGCACCCACCACCGCACUCUCCAUGCGCUCCAAAUCCAUGACCUCCGAGCUGGAAGAACUAGUGGAUAAAGCCACAUUAAGGAAAAAGAAAGGUGAUGCUCAGGCUUCUAAUAUUGAGGGUCUGAAGAAGAGGAUUGUUUUUCAAGUCACACUAAAUAAAGUGGACGAGGUGCCCUCCCAGAAUGCCAUGCGGGAUAACUCCUCUGUGGACAUGCGAGUGGCUACUAUUAAGCCACGCCCCAGCAGCCGUUGUUUGGCCACACCCACUGAUUUUAGUUCUUUCUACGAGCGGCAGGGUGUAGCUGUAGUGCCCCCCACGGUGCCAGGGCCGUACCUGGGUGUGCCCAGGGGCACCAUGAGGAAGCAGAAGUCUAUAGGAAUCACUGAGGAGGAAAAGCAGUUCCUGACGCCUCCUCUGCUGAAGUUCACCCGCAGCCUUUCCAUGCCCGACACCUCGGAAGACAUCCCCCCUCCGCCUGGCAUGUCGCCUCCAUCGCCUCCGUACAACUCGCCCAGCGGCCCCGUGGCACGCGGGUACAACACCACUCAGCCGGGGUUCACCCAGAACUCUGUCGGCAGGGGCCACCCCAACCGGUCAGACCCCAAUAUGGGCACCAUCCGCCGAGACAGGCCGUACCACCGGCAGAGCUCGGAGCACUUUGACGUUCAGACCUCCUCAGCCCAGCAGCCGCUAUGCAACCGGACCCGAUCGCCCGUGCCCGAGAACCCCUACUCCGAGGUGGGCAACAAGAAUCCGUACAUCCCCGCCAAGCCGGCGCGGCGAAAGGGCAUGCUGGUGAAGCAGCCCAACGUGGAGGACAGUCCGGAGAAGACCUGCUCCAUCCCCAUCCCCACCAUCAUCAUCAAGGAGCCCUCCACCAGCAGCAGUGGCAAGAGCAGCCAGGGGAGCAGCAUGGAGAUCGAGCCGACCACCCCAGAGCACACCGGCCAGCUGCGACUGGACGAAGGGCCCAACAUCAGCAACCCGUUCGCUGCCGCCAUCGCCGGAGCCGUGAGGGACCGCGAGAAGCGUCUGGAGGCCCGGCGGAACUCCCCGACGUUCCUGUCGACAGACCUCGGGGAUGAGGACCCCAACCCCACCCCUACGCCACGCCUACGCCAGUCCAAGUCCAUCGACGAGGGCAUGUUCAGUAACAACGAGCGCUUACGGAAGCUCAUGGCCCCACCUGCCUCCCUCCUGGGGCUGUCUCCCAGUGGGGGUGGAGGAGGAGGAAGAGGUAGUGGUGGUGGAGGGGGUAAUGUGACGGACUUCAACACCCCCGAGCCCACCCUUGUGCGAGAACCUCUCAACACACGUACAGGCAACUGUCCCAAUCUGGACAGCCCCGUUAGCCUCCCUGUUGUUAAGACCUAUAGCUCCAAUGGUGGAGGCUAUUUGCAUCCUGUGACGGGCAAAGCCCUGGACCCCAACUCCCCCUUGGCUCUGGCCCUAGCUGCCCGCGACAGGGCCAUGAAAGAGCAGGGCCAGCCUCCCCCUCCACCUCCCAAGAAUGAGCCCCAGAAGCCGGACCUCCACCAGCCCCUCUUCAUUGACACCAAGCUGCGUUCCAGCAUCGAGGCCAACUACACGGCUGCCGCCACCAUGGGCCGGCCCGCCGGGAGAGGAGGCCUGCGCCGGCAGAACACCGAGUCCAAGUACGAGACGGAAGGGGCCAAGGAGAACAAGCCGUCGGCGGAGGAGAAGAAGAACAUGCUCAUCGACAUCGUGGACACGUCGCAGCAGAAGUCGGCCGGGCUGCUGAUGGUGCACUCAGUGGACCAGGCCAAGUCCAAAGAGAGCAACAGCCGAGGGGGGCAGGAGGGGUCGCCAGGGCAGGACAGCACGCCCGCCGAGCUGAGGGACCCCAAUGCCAAGCCGUCGUCCCCCGCAUCUGCCCACGCCCCUGCUCCGACGGCUGCCCCUGGCACCAACCCGCAGGCCCCUGCCCCAGCCCAUCCCAAGACCAUCAUCACCAUCAGCUCGGUGGACGAACCAGUGAAGCUUCCCUUCCACAUCCCACCUCCACCUCUUCCUUCGGUGGACAUCGAGGAGGAGUUUGAGUUCGCCGAUCCACUUCCGCCUCCUUUGGAAUUUGCAAACAGCAUUGACAUCCCUGAGGACCAAGCAGGGGCUAUCGCAGAACUCCUUAAGCUCCAGAGCAAGAACGGGACUGGGAGAGGGCCUGGCCCCUUACCCCCUUACCACCCCCACGCUCCCCCUCCAGUCAGCGCGGAGCACAGGCGGCCCGCAGGCCUCUCCAACUGCAUCGGCGGCCCGCCCGGCUACCCUCCUCCGCCCCCCGAGAGCUUCGAGCACGUCACCGACUCGGGCAUCGAGGAGGUGGACAGCCGGAGCAGCGGGGACCCCCACCUGGAGACUACGAGCACAAUCUCCACCGUGUCCAGCAUCUCCACGCUCUCGUCGGAGGGCGGCGAGGCGCUGGACACCUGCACGGUCUAUGCAGACGGGCAGGCCUUCUUGGUGGACCGGCCCCCGGUGCCCCCCAAGCCGAAAGUGAAACCCAUCAUCAACAAAAACAAUGCACUUUACAGGGACCCGCUGAUCGAGGAGAGCCUGGAGUCCUUCGGGAUGCCCCCCUCGGCCCCUCCGCCGCCCCCUGGUGGUGCCGAGCCGCCCAAGACCCCCACGCAGAGGAGCUCCAAGCUUUGGGGGGACCCCCCGGAACUGAGGAGCCCCCCCUCGUCGCUGCCGGACCCCAAGGCCAACAUGAUCAGUGAGCUCAGCUCCAUCCUACAGCAUAUCAACAGGGAUCGCACACCCAAACCAGGGGAGGUGCUCGACUCACCCACGGGAUCCAGGUGCUUUGGAUCAAGUCCCUCAGGUCCUCAGCGGAGCGCCACCGUCACCUUUGCCACCCCGAGCACCCCACCGGCCAGCCUGCCCCCACACCACCACCACCACCACCUCUACCACCACCACUCUUCGUCCAGCCCCAUCUCCUCGCCGCCGGACUCGGGCCCCGCGUCCGGCCGCGCCUCCUCCCUGCCCGGCUCGGCCUCGUCGCCCACGCUGACGGACGUGUUCGGCCUGCCCACCCCGCCGCUGGGCGGGGGCAGUGGUGCGAGCAGCGUGGCGGGCAGCGAGCGCUUCAGCCUGUGCUCCACGGGCAGCCGCUCACCCUCGCCGCUCACGCUGCUGCAGGCAGCCUCCAACAAGCCGUUCGCCGGCAAGCCCCUCCUCAUGUGGACCAAGCACGAUGUAGCAGACUGGCUGGAGAGCCUCAACCUGGCCGAGCACAAGGAUGCCUUCAUGGACAACGAGAUCGAGGGCAGCCACCUGCCCAACCUGCAGAAGGAGGACCUGAUAGACCUGGGGGUGACGCGGGUGGGCCACCGCAUGAACAUCGAGAGGGCUCUCAAACUGCUGCUGGACAGAUAAAAGAGGGCCAUCUCCAUCUCUCUCUCUCUUUUUGUAAUCCUCCUUUCUCUCUCUCUCUCUCUCUCUCUCUCUCUCUCUCUCGGUCUCUGGUGGUGUGAAUGAGCACACAGGAUAUAAAGGACCAAGAGAUCUCCCUGUGUGUCUGAACUCUCCAGGAUCUUAGGAUCUCCACGUGUAUGUGUGUGUGUGCGUGCGUGCGUGUGUGCGUGCGUGCGUGCGUGCGUGCGUGCGCGCGUGCGUGUGUGUGUGUGUGCGUGCGUGUGUGUGCGUGCGUGUGCGUGCGUGUGUGUGUGUGCGUGGUCAGCCUCCCUCUCUGCCAGGAGGCUGCAGCUGCGGCUUCUCUCUCCGCUGUCGGCGAUCGAGCAAGUCAAGCAGCGAGUCAUUAAGGAGCACAUCAGCACCCAGAGAGAGAGAGGAAAGAAGAGAGAAGGAGAGAGAGAGAGAGAUGGAGAGAGAGAGAGAGAUGGAGAGAGAGAGAGAGAGAUGGAGAGAGAGAGAGGGAGAGCCAGAGGUCAGCUCCACCCACCCUACGCCACCCCACGCACAGUCACAGAGACAUGUCGGCAUGCCGGUCCACCCCGCUUUGGAAUACUGACGUUUUUCAGACCGCCUCAUUUGGGGACACCCUAACCAGCUGAGCUGGGGGCUCCUUUUCUACCUUUGCUAGAGUUUCUUCAGAGAAUAUUUCUUCAUCGAAAAACAAACACUGGGGUUAUAUUUAUGGAUUGCAGCAGAUGUCGAGAGAAGAACACAGGAAUUUUAAAACAAGGAAAAAAAGACAACUUUGUGUUACUAUCUUGCGUUCGAAAACAAUUCCAGCCAGUACGACUGGCUCAGUCUUAAAAAUGCCCCACCUGUUCAGUAAUACAUCCCAACACACAUCCAGUCCCAUAGUCCUCCACCGGCCAACCUUAAGAGUGGUCUCACAGGCACCACUGUAGCAGUCCCUACGUCCGUCCACUAGCGGCUUCUCCUUCCCUCUCUGACACGCCCGCCCGUGGAUCAUAGCUGUCGGGAGUCGCGUGACGUGACAUGUCAAGUUGUGAGAAUCCUCCUUGUCUUCCUUAUGAGUGCAGGUGAGCAGAAGUGGUGAGACCCUCCCCCCCAACAGACACACAUACACACACACACACACACACACACACACACACACACACACACACACACACACACACACACAUACAAAACACUUAUGGAGAGUAUGUGCCACGUGCCACAUGGUUGGAGCACUGAUAUACAGGAGCUAUUCCCAUGAGUAGUCUGAUUUCCGCCUCAUCAAAAGGCAUCACAUCCUUUCUUUCUCUCACUCUGUCUAUCCAUCACUCCCCUCUCACCCCUACACCAUGCACUUCUUUUUCCAUUGUCAUUUGAGCAGUAUAUGACCCUCCUGGAAGAAGUCAUUUGAGACUACGAGGGCAUUUUGUAUGAACUGCUUAGUGAAAACUUGGGGAGAAAGAAUGGUGCUACUGGUAUUAAGUUUGGGACGCCUGAGAGAAAUAUGAACAGGGCCAGUCAAUCAAACAGUCCAAGAGAUGUGCAUUAACUGGACAACACUGUCUGUCCGUAGGUCAGUAAGGUCUGUAACUGGUCAGUCUAUACAGGAAGGUAUUAUUAUGAAAUGCAAGUUGUCCAGACGCUAGACCCAUACUGUGUAUUCCAGUGCCGCUGGAUGAGAACCGAAAGACAAGGAUAAAAUGCUGCUAUCAUAUCCCAAAAUACCAUUCAUGGAACUCGAUACUAGAGUUGUUUAUUGACAUAAGGAAUCCCAGGAGCCCACAGUAGUCUCUUCUGUGAGUCUCUCUCCAUACAUCAUCAGAAGCUGGCAGUAUUGUGGCAGUGCAGUGUUAAAGCAGUGCAAUUAAAAUGCAUCCAGAUCAGAAGACACACACAGGUCGUCUGCUCAUCAGAUAGUUGUAGAACUGAGGACCCACCCCAUUUGUUCCGAGGAGUGGUAAGCUUGUGUUCCGCAGCACGAGACAGGCCUUGCCCUCCCCUCUAGUAGCUCUACAGAAACAUCUCAGGUGGCCAUCCAUCCACAUCCACCCCCCCCACCCCCUUCAGAUACAAGCUACCCGUUCCAGAAGUGGUUUAGUGAAUUUGUAUUUAAGAAAUAUAAAAGGAAAAAACAUAUUUAUCAUGAUGUUGUAUAAAAGAAUGUUUUUUAAGAACUAAAUAUAUAUACAUAAUGUAUAUGAAUAUAUUGUUUAUUUAAAUCUUUUAUCAUGACAACACUGGGAAAAAUGCAUUGCUAUUUUACCUGCAAAGAGGAUGUUGGUCAUAGCACCAGUAGUGUGCGAGCGAGGCUGAGCGGCGUCCCUCUGAGCUCUGAGCUCUGUUCUGGCCUCAGGAGGGCUACAGGAGCACCUCCACCCUCCCUCCUGUUUCAGGAUGCCAUGCAGGUGGGCAUCAGAUGCGGUACCUAGAGAGACAUGAAUGGGUGAGCAGCCAUCAUUUCCCACUAUUCCCUCUCCUUCCUGCUCUCUCUCUCUCUCUCUCUCUCUCUUUUUCUCUAUCUGUCUCAUCUCCUGUCUCUCCCUUACUCCCUCCUUUUCUCUCCCUCUCUGCCUACUGUAUCUCAUCUCCCUUAUGUCUGUCUUACCUUCUCUCUCUUUCUCUUUCUACCUGUCUCAUCUCCCUAUCUUCUCUUUUCUUUCUCUGUUUUUUCUCUUACUCUACCUGUCUCAUCUCUCUUCCUUUCCCUUUUCUCUCUUCAUCUCUCUCUUUCUUCUGUGGCUGUGUGCCUGUAGUCACCCCUCUCCAGCCACCUCUUUAGUUUGUGUGUAUGUAUGUAUGUGUGUGUGUGUGUGCGUGUGUGUGUGUGAUGUAGAGAUUAUUCUAGAUUAUUCUCGGAGAAAAGGAGGGAAUUGCGAGCCUGCUUUGAUAGAAGGCUUGCGCCAGUUGUGCUGCUAUGACCCUAUCGUUUUUAAUAGAUCUUAUUUUAAAAUAGCAGAACGUCAGAAAAGAGCACAGUAUUUUUAAGGAUUUAUAUAGAAUUAUAUUGAAUUUUAUAAACUAUUUGGAUGAAGUAAAGUGUGGUUUGCCAAAAAAAGUUAUAAAAUAUAAUGAUUAAAUAAAUCGAUAGAUUUCUGAGGUACCUAAGAAGCAAUAUUUAUACUGAAUGGAUCUCUUUGGUUGUGGUUUUUGAGAAUUGUGUAAUCCCUUAUCCCAUGAUACUUUGAAAAUUGAAGAAGUAAUAACAACUCACCUAUGAAUUAGUCUGGAAAUCAAAAAUGACAGAGAUAUGAGAAGUCAUGCCUCCCAUACAUAUUGUAACUAAUUUUGAAAUCGCAGACUUAGUUUGUGUAUAAUGUGUGUAAAACCGACCAAAAUAUCACAUACCGUAAAUGUAUACAUAAUGUAUCUGGCCACUUCUUAGCAACAGGUCUGAGGACACUUUUACAGUAUCUUAUAUAUAAAUCUACAAAAACAGAGUAGAUGUGACUGUUGAAGUUAUGGAACAACAUAUCACUAAGCUAAUUUUUGUAUGUGGAAACUUACAGUAGAGCUAAGUAGUAGUGGAUUUAAAUGAAAUGCUAAAGAGCAUCACCUUGUGGAUUGGGCAAUGCUCACUCUCCCCACCACUUACCAACUUCCUCUAGCAAUCAGCUAGAAUUGAUUUAUUCAACUAAUUUCUUUUCUUUUUUUUCUUUUAUAUUUUUCAUAGAUAUUCUGAUGUUUCUCGCUCUACUUUGUGUAAAGACCUGUGUUCCUGUUAUAUAUGUUGCUGUAAUUUUGUGCUACCAAAUCCUCUUAUUUAGAUUUAAUGAAUUAUUCAAAUGAAAAAGAGAAGUUCCUGUAACUGCACUCUUCCCCCCAGAUCCUCAAUACUUCUUGUAUGGCAACCAAAAUUGACUGUAAGAAAUAAAUAUCAUAUUGCA